GUCCAGUGUGUAUUCUGACGCUGCGCUGCCUUGGAUAGACGUCCAGAGAAGAUAGUUAAGGCGACUUUAGUUUACCGAUAUAGUUGGUAUUAGCAAAUUGACACCGGCGGGUGGUGUCAUUAGGAAGUGUCCCCGUACAGUGUCACCAUGAGGAAAAUUACCGUCAUCUCAGUGAUGCUAAUGUUUACGACAGUGGCCAAAGGUCAAUCUCUGGACAUAUGUUCGGAGGAUGCCGAGGAAGUGGAAGUGAGCUGCCCGGAUCUCUACUCCGAGUGUGACGGCGCCUGCUACCAAGAUACCUUCACGACUGGGGACGAUUUCACUACACAAUGCACGGGAGACGGCCAGUUUCUACCUAUUCCCACCACAGAAGAACAGCUGCAGUGCCUACUGGAUGUCGCAGUCGACCAGACCCGUGUGGCCACCGGAUUUGAGAACAGAGGGGACAGGUUCGAGGCCGAAGAUCCGGAUGGGACUACUAUAACAGCUCCGCAGGAACUAGAAGGCACCGCAGGACCCGAUCCUAACACCAGCCCUUGUGUGGCACUGUUUAGAAACCAGGGGAAACUGGAAACGUUUGGUUGUUUUGAUUCACCCUUGGCGUUUGUGUGUCAGAUUGCGGCAGAGGAGUAGAGCAAUAACAUCUACAUAUGUACACAGGUUGUGUCGCAGGCGCAUUUGGAAAUUUCAAUAACAACGACUUUGGUAGUGCAGACUACUGCAGUAGUUGAAACUAGAGUGACCCGCGUGCUCCGCAACGCGAAAAGGUGUAUUUUCGAUCGGUGAGUGUUUGUCUGUCCUUGUGUCGGUUGGGUUGUCUAUCUAUCCAUUUCGGUCGAUAGCUUUUUGACGGCUAUACAUUUUGUUUUGGAAAUAAAUAUACAUUAUACAUCGCA